AGAUCUUAACAAGAAGAAAAGAGUUUUGUACUUGGUGCCCAUGCAUGUGUGCCAAAUGGGGUCCUUUUGCCUGCAUCAGCGUGUCCGCAUGCACGGCCUGUUCUGCGCAAGCCUUCCAGUUCCUUCUAAAGCACUGCACGUUACAGACUCUGGUGCGGGCUGUUUGCCGUGUGUGUGAAGCGGUUCUGCGUGAAGCUGGUCGUGGUUCUCAAGUGCUCCCCCCUUUCUGGGCCGGCUUGGUAUGCUCUACGACCCCCCCUUCAUUCCCUCCGACGGUGGUUGCACCCACCCCACCCGGAAGCGUUUACUCCGCACGCGGGUCAGGCUGAGCGGCCCGGCAUGGAGCGGCCCGGCGGUCGGAGCUGCUCGGGCCCGGACCCCGCGCCCGCGCCCGCGCCCGCAGCCCCCGCCUCGGUGAGCCUGGCGCAGCUCUUGCAGCUGGUCCAGCAGGGCCGGGAGCUCCCGGGCGUGGAGAGGCGCCACAUCGCGGCGACCCACGGCGAACCCACGGCGUCCCGGCUCCCGCCGAGGCCCAAGCCCUGGGAGGCCGCGGGAUCGGCCGAGGCCCCCGCGCCGCCGCCCUAGAAGCCGCCGACCCUCGGGUACCGGUAGAACCGCGUGGAGGGGCCCCGCGCGGCGGAGGCCGGAACUGCGCCUUCCUGAUGGCACGGAGUGGGUUCCUGAGGCUCGAGGUCCUUUGCCUCUUAGACCUGGAAGGCGUGACUGUGUCCCGCAUCAACUCGCACCCCGGAUACUGGCCACCGUUAUUCAUCCUUUGUGCAUUUGCCCCGACGGGUCUCAGCUGGACUUAAGCCUCCUGGGAGCGUCGUCAGGGUUAUCUUGUAUCCGUAUUUCUGGACCAUAGUCCUCAUUAAAAAAAUGUUUUUUCUAA